AUGCUCAGAGCCAGGAGAGAGGCCCGAAAAAGAGCUCCUGCACAAGACCCUCGACACGCACAAUCGGGUGGCCGAUCUCGAUACCGUGAACGAAGGCAGGGUUAUCCACCCGAACAGUACAGUCCAGGGCAAGACCAGUACGGACAUCCCCAGCAACAACAAUACAGCCAAACUCAGCAGCAUGGCGCGCCACAGCCGCAGUGGCCGCAAGAAUCAUACAAUCCCAGGCAAAUGUACGGCCCGCCACAGCAGUAUGUGGGUCAGCAGCCACCUACACUUCCACCGAGCGAACUCUACGCUCCCAACGAGUUGUAUGUGCGGCAGCAACCGCCGAGUGAACUCUACGCUGGCAACGAACUAGAAGCCCAGUAUGUGAGACAGCAACCGCCGAGUGAACUCUACGCUCCCAACGAGUUAGAAGCCCAGUAUGUGCGACAGCAACCGCCGAGUGAACUCUACGCUGGCAACGAACUAGAAGCCCAGUAUGUGAGACAGCAACCGCCGAGCGAACUCUACGCUCCCAACGAAUUAGAAGCCCAGUAUGCGAGACAGCAACCGCCGAGCGAACUCUACGCUGGCAACGUGUUAGAAGCCCAGUAUGCGAGACAGCAACCACCUGCACUUCCGCCGAGUGAACUCUAUGCUGGCAACGAAUUAGUAGCCCAGCAAAGUCAACCCUACCCCCCAACACAGCUACUUCAGCUCCCACCCCAGCUUCCAAGCGUAUCUCGGCCCUGUGUUAUACCUCAGAUAAGUCAUAGAAGAUUCAACGGCGAGAACAUGAGCCCAUUCGCUCGCGUCCGCGUACCAGAACUAGAGCACCAAAUCUCGUCCGAUGAACUUAUCGUUUUCAUCGAUGAACUAAACGAAGCGUUCCUAGCGAACCCAGCCCUUCAAGCCGCCAACAACGCCGCCAAUGUCGGCGGCAUGGCCCCCUCCAUGAUUGUGCAGAUGGUCAGUGUGAGUGUCAACGUGGUAGCUGGGGUCAGCUCAUCAGUUACAACCAAAGUGCGCACGAAGAAGUACCUAGCCAAGGCGAACGAGGAGCUUUUCCAUCCCAAGGGUUUGCAUGUCCAAAUGUGCAAGACGGAUAAGAUGCUUGAAUAUGUUGGCUUGGGUGAUCAAGAAAAUGUCUUCGUUCGUCAGCAGUACCAGGAUGCUUCUGAAAGUAACAACCACCCCAUUAUGCAGCGCAUGAGUUUGUUGGGAAAUCGAGUUAUGUCACUUUCCUUCAAUAAUGUUAAGGAACCAACAAUGCCUGAUGGAUUUUGGAAGAAAUGGGGUGCGAAAGAAGCUAGCAAGGCCGAACAGAAGCAGAAUGAGAAGAUGAUAAAGGAUCAGGCUAGGCAAGAUCGGAGGUCAGGGAGGAGAGGAGAUCGGGGGACUACAAGGAGACAGGAGAGGCAGGAAAAGAAGAAGACGAAGGAGGCCAAUAAAAUCUUGUGGAUUGUGAUUGCUGCAAAGGAGGAAAGUGCUGGAGGGGAUGACGAGUGGGAUUCGGAAUCGGAAAGUUCGGGGAGUCACACUUGA